CAGCAUACUGCAACACGUCCGAACCUCACCCAUACAGACGCGUCCAACAUCUACCUGACUCUCGACCGACUGAUCGCCUGCCCCAAACGAAGCCGCAAUGCCUGCGCCGGCAGCAAACAAGCGCGUCAAGAACAAGCGCGUAUCACGCAACAUCAUAAUUGGCUCCGAAGCCUGGGCACUCCCGCCGCUGGGCCACCCCGACCGCCCCAAGGGUAUCCCAGACGACCAUACCAAGAGAUGGACCGUCUACGUGCGCCAACCUGAAGGUGACCCUUCGCUCUCUACCUGGCUCAACAAGGUGCAGUUCAAGAUCUUCAACACAUACGAGAAUCCCCUGCGGACGUGCGACAAUCCGCCCUUCGAGGUCACCGAGACAGGAUGGGGAGGGUUCAGCAUCGACAUUCGGCUGCACUUCGCACCCAUCUCCGGCGAGAAGGCGCAAUAUAGGCAGCACUUCUUGCAGCUGGAGAAGUACGGCAGUGAAGAACAGCAGGCGCAGCAGGAGCGAACAGGCUGUGUGCGCAGCGAGUUUCUCGAGGUCGUGCAUUUCAACGAGCCUACCGAGGCGUUGUUUGACGCUUUGACUGCAGAAGACCAGUGGGCACAUCUUGUUCCAUCCAAGUCCUCGUCCGGCAGUAAGAAGGCGAGUCUCGGCGCGAACGGGCGCUUGAAGCGCGGACUGCCAAACGGAGAGCGCAGCGCCCAGCUUCCGGAGAAGGGCGGCGAUGAUGUGCCUUUCAGUCAGGAGCACGAGCAGGGUCUGAUCGAUGCAUUGAUGGCCAAGAUUGCGCAGGUCGACCGUGAGCUGGAGAAGGAAACCGCUCGGCGCGAGAAGACAGAGAACCAGCUGAAGCAGCUGCGAGAAGAGAUGGGACAUGAGGCUGCGCAGCAGGCGGCUCAGCAAGCUUCGGGAGACAGAAGUCGCAGGCGGUGAGACGCUAGCAGGACUGACGAUAUGCUUGCUCAUCUCAUGCUUGCUCUCUAUCUUUCUACGUUGCUGACGGCCGCUCGCAUUCCAGAAAGAAUGAUUCUCCACAGAGAAUAUUCCCAUCGCCAACAAAAGACGUCCUGAUCUAGAAACUAGUGCCCCGAGACCUGGAUACGGACAGGGCAAUCGUCUCUCCCAUUAGACGAAUCAUCAGCGCCGAGUGGGCACGCCGCAGGCACCCACCUCGAAGAAUUGGGCAUACGUAGAUAUUCUGAUCGCAACAGCAGGGUGGUUGCAAAUCUUCUACAGCUCAGUCUAUACGUACGAUAUGCGCAAGAUGGAGCAUGAAAUAUGGCGGCACGCCUGCUCCAGGCCCAGGUGUUGUCGGUUAGAAUUGGGUCAUCACGGUCUGCUCGUAGAUCCUUGAAAUAAGGUUAUCACUACCACUUUCCGAAACUGACAGAGUGAAUAACAUCCAAG